AUGGCUUCGUCAAUCUUCAAUGCUCCGUGUACGGUUCCUGCAGUGAAAGGCAAAAACUAUUUUGGUCUGAAACCAACUGUUCCUAGUAAAUUGAGGUUUAAUGUUGCUAAAAAAACCUCAAUUGAAGGAUGUCCAAAGGUUGUUUUUAUUGUGAGAGCCUGCGAAAAGAAGGAUGGUCCGAUAAAGAAGUUGGGGUUAAGUGAUGCAGAAUGUGAAGCUGCUGUUGCGGCAGGCAACGUGCCUAAGGCUCCACCAGUGCCGCCCAAGCCUGCCGCACCCGCUGGGACUCCUGUCGUCCCUUCUCUCCCGCUUAGUCGGCGUCCACGUCGUAAUCGCAAGUCACCUGCCAUGAGAGCAUCAUUCCAAGAAACUAGUAUAUCAGCUGCCAAUUUUGUCUAUCCACUCUUUAUUCAUGAAGGCCAGGAAGACACGCCUAUUGGAGCAAUGCCUGGAUGUUAUAGGCUUGGAUGGAGACAUGGACUUGUGGAAGAGGUAGCAAAGGCUCGUGAUGUUGGUGUAAAUAGUAUUGUUCUCUUUCCCAAAGUUCCAGAUGCUUUGAAGACUUCCACAGGAGAUGAAGCAUACAAUGAUAACGGUCUAGUUCCGAGAGCAAUACGGCUGCUCAAGGACAAAUACCCUGAUCUUGUUAUCUACACUGAUGUUGCUCUGGAUCCAUAUUCCUCUGAUGGGCAUGAUGGCAUUGUCCGAGAAGAUGGAGUCAUAAUGAAUGACGAGACAGUGUAUCAAUUAUGUAAACAAGCUGUUUCUCAGGCCCGGGCUGGGGCAGAUGUUGUUAGUCCAAGUGACAUGAUGGAUGGUCGUGUGGGAGCCAUAAGAGAAGCUCUUGAUGCUGAAGGAUUUCAGCAUGUAUGCCAGUUCAUUCUAUGGCCCAUUUCGAGAGGCACUGGACUCAAACCCACGUUUUGGAGACAAAAAGACAUGAACCUAGCAAAUUACAGAGAAGCUCUGGUUGAGGCCCAUGCAGACGAGUCUGAAGGAGCUGACAUCCUUCUGGUGAAACCUGGUCUUCCUUAUUUAGACAUUAUAAGGCUUCUCAGAGAUAAAUCUCCUCUGCCAAUUGCUGCAUAUCAGGUUUCUGGUGAAUACUCGAUGAUCAAGGCUGGUGGGGUUCUCAAAAUGAUUGAUGAAGAAAGGGUUAUGAUGGAGUCCCUGAUGUGUCUGCGACGGGCUGGUGCUGACAUUAUCCUAACAUAUUUCGCUCUACAAGCUGCAAGAUGUUUAUGUGGUGAGAAGAGACAUCACUGGGAUCUUAUUGGUUUCACCAAUACGAGCCUAACCAACAUUCUCUUCCACUUCUUUCAGUCAUCACCAGUCCUUUCGUUUUCAUCCCUGGUUUUUUGCACCUCCAAAGCGGUUCCCUAG